AUGUCGUUAGCUAUUGGCGAAAAUUUUCGUAUCACCAACAACUUUCCAGAAAACGAAGAAAGAAACGUGUUAAAAAAAGCUAAAAUGGAAGAUGGAAGAGCCAGAACGACGCAGCAAGGACAGAACAGAACUGUGCUUGGAACGAUAACCAACAACGCCGCAGUUAGAAUUCAGCCGCCUCGUGCUGCUAAACAGGUCAGUGAAAUGAACUACAUUUAAACCCGCUCAAAGAGUUUUCUAAAAAAAUGAUAUCCUAUGCUAUUUGCUUGUUCUUUCUUGACGAGUUUUGUCGCUAAUUUCAGGCUGGCCUGGCAAAUUCUUCGUACGGCUUUGGUGCUACAAAGAACGACGAAAAUGCAUUCAGUCGUGCACAACAAAAGACUGCCUUCUCUAUACCAACAACAGCACAGCAAAGUUUCUCUAUUCAUGUUGACCCAGAACCUGUGCUUGCAAGCGCUCAAAGCACAGCGUUUUCCAGUUCUGCAGUUCCAGAACUCAACCCGGCAUUGACUUCCCUUUCACGACCUGCUUUGACAAAUGUGUUCGUCGCAAACAGAACGGCAGCGGAAGGUAAGUGUGGGAAUCACAAUGUGGAACAGUAAGCUUACAUGUAUUCUGAAUGUUGGAGACUGAAUGGACCUGCCCGUUCUUUAGUUUUAUUUUCAACUGUAAAACAGUAGUGAACCUCUUUUAAGAGCCCCAAUUUACCCAAUUCUGGUCAAGUUCCUCAUUUAUUCGCUUGUUUUCACUUUUCUCUUUCGCAGUGGACUCUCCCAUGGUUAUAGAUUCGAGCGAUGACGAGGACUUUGAAUGCACGAGUGAAACAACGCCAGAAAUACGCGACAUCGACACUGAUAGUGGUAUCUUCUACGUCUCAGAAUAUGCUUCAGAGAUAUUUCAAUAUCUAAAGCAGGCAGAGGUAUUGCUGUUUUAAAAUUUAUAAUUGGUUCGAAUAAAGUUAUAAGAAAGUCGAAUGGAGCUUUCAAAACUAAUUCAAUUUUUUAGACAUGCAAAAUCUGCAAUGAAGACUGUCUAGCUGAAAGCACUUUCAAAAUCCUUCAGUGACUCCCUAAUCCAUUUAAGACUAGCAACAAAAUAUUAAGUUUUUGCAUGGAUUAGAACCUCCAUGAAAUUUUGUUUGCUGUUUAUGUUCACUGGUACUGCAGCCAAUUCCUGCAGCCAACAAGAACAAACUUGUCAUUGAGGUCUCUGACACUGUCACAAAAUUGAUCACAACAGCCCUCUGCCAUCAUGCCUGCUAAACGCAAAGGACCCUCAAAGGAGUGUGAGUUUAACUAUCAAAUUUGAAGUCAGUCCCAAAAUGUCUUUCUAUUUUUACCAUUUGCUGAACAGAAGAUGUAAGCAUGCAUAUUCAGAAGUGUUAAAUGGUCAUCUUCAACAGAUGACCUAUUUUAAAAGUUGUACCCAGUAAGACUUCCAUACAACCCCAUGCAUUUGGGCCCGGUCCUCACAAAUCGGGACAGUUUUGAAACCACAUAUCUUUUUACCAGGAUUGGUGCAAAUGGAGCCUUGCAGUGGGGCUAAGGUAACAGGGGCCCCUUGGACAAAGUUGACCAAUAAAUUGGACCACAAGAAAAUAACAAUACAUUUCAAGAAAGUUGGUUGUUGGCCAAUCAACAACUCGUAAAAAAAACUGACUAUUUUACUUGAAACAUAAAAUUUAAAUAUUGGUUGCAAACGUUUUUGAAAAAAACGUUUGCAUUUGCGUCUUGUGAAUGAUUCAAAUGCAUUGACUGAUAGCCAUAUUAUUUUGUAUUCUUUCUUUGCAGAUUAAACACAGACCUAAGCCUCACUACAUGAAGAAGCAAGUUGACAUCAACCACAGCAUGCGCAGUAUCCUUGUUGACUGGCUGGUAGAAGUGGCAGAAGAAUACAAACUCCUACCCCAGACCCUUUAUCUAACAGUUAACUAUAUAGACCGAUUUCUGUCGGUCAUGUCAGUCAGGAGGGAAAAGCUUCAGCUUGUGGGCACGGCUUGCAUGUUAAUAGCGUCGAAGUUUGAGGAGAUUUAUCCACCAGAAGUAUCAGAGUUUGUGUACAUCACAGAUGACACCUAUCCUGCCAAGCAGGUAUGUACCCAUUAAUUGCUAAGCACGCUCUUAUGGUCUCGCAUCAAGGGUUACAACUACCACUGUACCUAGAAGUUAAGUCUGAUUUACUUGUAAUGAGCAAAAUCUCUCAGGUUAAGAGUUUGAAAAGUUGAGGGGGCGGGGAGCAAAGUUACAUGAGAAUACUGUCGGUUGCAUCUAAGUGUGAACACGAGAAAAAGACAGGUUCUAAUAAAUGCCAGACAUGAUGUGUUUUGCCGCCGAAUAUUUGAAGUUUGACAGCUGUUAAAGCAAACUGUCGCGCCAAAUGUAAGUUGUUUGUAUGUUUUUGAUCAGCGCAUUUCGCUCAUAUUUUCUUUUUCUUAACUUUCAGGCAUAUAUCUCGCUCAGAAACAUGCACACUUGCCUCCAGAAAUCAUUCUUAACGUCCAAAAAUUCUUGCAAAGAAUAUUUUGUUGAGCAAAAACAAGUCAAGUUGACAACAGCCACCAACUCCAAACUUCGAAUGUUUGGCAGCAAAACAUUGAUAUUUACACCCAAUCACAACACGCUUAGGUGCAACUGACAGUAAAAGGCCCUGUAAGUUGGAGUAGACUACUGGCAUCUGGAUUUUUUGAAAUGCUGGAUUCCCCUUUCAAUUUGCUUGGUAGAAAUUAUGUGUCUGGGUCAAAUGCGAAUUAUUCAGGCCUUAUUUUACUCACACACCUUCAAUUUAUUGCGGACAAAGUAAUGGAACCCAUGUACUGAAAAAUUAUUUUACCGUUUAUGGCGUAGAAGGGUUUUGGUUCAUCAUACACUGUAUUUUAAUAUGUUCCAGUGAUCAAUUGAUAUUUUACUUUUUUCUUUCCAGGUUCUGAAAAUGGAAAGCCUUGUUCUCAAGACAUUAAAUUUUGAUGUUUCUGUACCAACCAUUCUAAAUUUCCUAGAAAGAUUUUUAAAGGCAGUAGAAUGCAACGAUUCAGACAGACCAAAGGUUGAAGCAUUAGCAAAGGUCAGUUACAGUACAUCAAUAAUAUUGUUAUAUGUUAUUUAAACCAACGAUGCAAUGACAGGGGAUAAAUAAAUGAUUGUACAACAAGACUGUGUGACCUAUACACUAUUUUAAUGGGAGGUGGAGAAAAGAUGCUUCCAAGGAAAGUUUGAUUAGAUGUUCAUAUUGCCAUACUUUGGGCCUCUUUGAAAUUAAAUGAGCAAUGAGAAUCUCCUUAGAGUGGCUUGGUCCUGCUGCAAGGUACAACAGUUGAACCUCUCUACAACGGUAGCCUUUAGGAGUGGACAGAAGAAAGUGGCCAUUGAAAAAGGUGUCUGUUAGUAGAGGUUCCACUGUAUAGCUGGUACAUGAAAACUGUCAAGUGUCUUGAUAUGUUAUGAGUACAUGUACAUGUAGGUCUAAAAAAGAACUUGCUAUAAGCUGGUGAAUAUGCUCCCUGUUUAAAGGGAAGGAGGAGGGGACUAAAAUGUGAACAUUAAUAGGCUAAUGAUUUUUUUAGAGUGAUCAGUAACUUAUUUUAUUUCCAUUUCGGUCAAUAAAAGCUACAGCAGUUUGAAACAAAAUAAAUUGAUGGAGAAGGACUAAAGAAACCUUGUUUACAAGCUUUCUAUGACCUUAGUGACAAGUUGGUAUCAGACAUUAGCAAAUUAAUAUGCAGCACAUCUAUUAAAGUUUCAAAAUCAGCACAUAAAAUGAAUGGUAACCUUGAGAUAAUUUGUUAUUAUUACAAUAAAAAUUGUUGUUUGCUUACACUUUAAAGAUUUAAUUUUUGCCAGCUUUCACGUCUUAAUUUGUCUUUUGAAUCUUUUGUUGGAUUUCAUAGUGUGUAGGUAAGCAGAAUUCAAUUACUGAGUUUUUCUCAUUUCAGUAUCUCUGCGAGCUUACUCUGGUUGAUGGUGAAGCUUUCUUAAAGUAUUUUCCAUCAACAAUUGCUGCAACCUCUGUUGUCUUAGCUCUUCACACUCUUGGACUUCCAUCAUGGGUAGGGUGUAACUUACUUUAUUAUAUAGAUACUGAUGAAAUACCAGGAUUUUUCCGUUUACUAAAAAAUCACAUCUUCAUUGCGCGCAGUGAAGAUACUAUUUUUAUCUUUCACGUGUGAGAAUAUUGGUGUCACCAUGGUUACUAACAUGAUUUGCCAAUUACAAGAGAGCUUCCCGCUCAGGCGCGGCCGGUUCUUUUGAAAUUUCGUUCACAAAAUGGCUUCGAGGUGCCAGGACAGUACAGUUACAGUUAUUUCUUCUUUAUAAGUUGUGUUUUCUGUAGGAAUUUCAUCAGUAUCUAUAAAAUGAACAGAACAUCACAUGGCCGCUUGGAGAUACAAAUUUUAUCAUCUCGUGCUGAGAAGUAUCUCUUGCCCGUUUGCUUCACUCACUCGUGAGAGAUGCUUUCAGCACUCGAAGAUAAAAUUCGUAUCCCCGCGCAGCCAUGUAACAUCUAUUUACUGAACCCUUUGAAUCUCAACAGUAAGAAAAGUAUAAAAUUGAUCAGCAUUCCCAAUACAAAUAAAUUAUAAUCAUGCUAGGGCCAUUUAAAAGUAUGAAUUUUCAGCCAAUCAAUCAGAAGCACUAUGGUAACGCAGUGACACAUCAUGAGUAUGUUUUAACUUCAGCAAUAAUUCCUCAGUAGUCAUUUUGAAACCAGAGGUGGCAUCGCAAGAUGUUGGCUAUGUAAUGUGCCUGUAAUAUGUUAUGGAGACAAGGUAGUACUACGUAAACAUGAGGGAUUGCCCUGAUCAGGGUACCAAGAAAGUCAGUUUUACAGCUCACCAUUCCUUCAAGUUGUGGCGAGCAUGCAUUUCAACUAGCCCCCAAAAAAUUGACCAGCAAGACUGAUCAUUACAAUUAUUCUGUAAUUUGAAUUCCUGAAAAACUUCUCUUGCCAGUUGGGCAAGUUAUGAACAGAAUUCACUGACCUGAUAGCAAAAUCCAUUAGCCCUGGGCUAUUGGACACUACUUUCUUUGUACACUGUAUGACUGUUCAACUACAUAUGUGCAAACAUGUCGAGUCUUUAAAUACCACAGUUCUGAGAACCAGGGUCCGAAAUUAACUUUUUAAUAUGGGCGCCAACUGGUGAGCAAGUAUAAAUUUUUGGUCGCCAGAGGGCAAAUUAUUUUCGCCAAAAAUUCCCCUUGGUGGCUUGAAAUGUUCAACUCAUAUUGAUCGUAGCUGUUGUGGAGGUAUAUUUACAGGAAGAUUCGUUUCACUUUUAAAUUAAAAAAAUAUCAGUAGGACAAAAAGUAAGACACCUGUUGGCAAAGACCUUCGAGGUUUCAAUUCUUAAUCAUUUUCUCCGAACAUGAAAGUCUACAAUAACAACCAGCUUUUCAAGUCGCCAGCUGGCGACCAGCUGUGAAAUUCUGGUCGCCAGAACUGAAUUUUUGGUCGCAUUGGUGACCAGGAAGGCGCAAUUUCGGACCCUGGUUCUAAGCAUUAAACACCAUCACUAAAUGAAGGCUGAAGGGAUGGUAACGAACUUGUCUUACAAUUAAAAAGUGUUGGCAAAACCUGGAUUGGAUUAAAUGACGUUGGGGAUAGGGUUACAAGAGUUGAUCGCACUCAAUGCAUGCAGGUUUUGUCAAUGGCUGGCCGCUUUUGAAUACAUGUACAUGAGGAAAACACCAGACCUACAAGGUGAAUUAAAAAGAGGAGUUUGAGAAUUAAUCUGAACUUGCUCUAUCUUAGUGAAAGUAACUUAAAGUAACUUUUUUCAGAAUCCAACAUUGUGCCAUUACACUGGAUUUCAACUCCUUGAUCUUCAACCAUGUCUUCAUGAUCUGCAUCGAACAUUCAGUCUUGCACCAAAACAUGCACAAAAAGCUGUUAGGGAAAAAUACCAGAGUGCCAGGUGAGAUUAUUGCAAUUCAUAACCACGUUAUAUAGACCUUUCAGUUUCACACUUGUUUACUUUUUUCAUACCAUGUAACUGUAGACAGCUAUUCCCUGAUGGCCUUUUCAAGAAUGUGUGAAACAUAACUAUUUUGAGAAAAUCCCGAGGAAGAUUAUGGAUAAUUGGAUGUCACAUACUUUGGACAUCAAUCCCCCCAUUCAUACUUAAAAGCUUUCGUGCAAUUUGUUUUUAUUUUCAAGAAAGAAAAAUAUAUGUGGUUACUGGAAGGAGCACUGCUCUGUGAAAGUAAACUACUGGGCACGGCAGUGAAGCUGCCAUUAUGAUGCAAUUCAUUUUCGCUCAUUAGUGGCUUUAGUGCAUACAAUACAGAAAGAAAUGUAACGAAAUUGCAAGCGAACCUGAACGUGGAUGUCUCGAGUAUCAAUGAGUACCUUCAUGGACUUCACGUUGUUCCCGAGGACACCUCGUGAUGACUGUCACGUAGUAUCAGUUAAGGAUAAUCGGGUGUCAGCAAGUUGUUAGCGUGCGGUUAUUGUGUCAAACAAUCUUACUUCUGUUUGCUUGUUUAUUCGCAUGGCUAAUAUUAAUUGUUGUUUUAAUUUUUUUGUCAUUUCAGUUUUCAUGGCGUCUCAAAUCUCACAGCACCAGAGAUGCUACCUCUGGCUUGAAUUUUUCCAAAUAAUAAACAAAAGAUGAACUAUGUAAAUAUUUUACUACCUACUUUAAAAAAAUCGUUAUUAGAAAAUGUUUAAUUGCCUCAAUGUGUUAUGAAAAUUUUAAUUCUGGUGCCGAAGACGUUUUUAGUUUCAAAUCGCAUAUAAAUGGAUAGAUAUGCCUUAUAAAAUGUCCUUGGUUUUUAUAAUAUUAUCUUCUUACAUCUUUCUCUUCUAUUCCCUCUAUGACGAAUUGAUUCAGUUGUGCUGGUUCUGCUAUAUUUUAGAAAACUACGAAAUUCUUGCUCUUUCGAGGUAGAACCUGAUUAACUAAACCUUAUGCAUAUAUUAUACAGUAUCCAUUUCCGACUUUUAACUAUCUUUAGAAGACAGCAUUUUUCAAAUUAAUUUUCUUAGUACAUGUUAAUGUAACAGCUUGUAAAAUAUCUAAUUUAAUCAUAUAGGCCUUAGCCUUAUCAAAUCUUUACUUAAGAACUAAAUUGUAACCUUAUUCGUUAUAUUUUAACUAUUCUUUUUAGGUAUACACAAC